UUCGCAGGUGCUUUGCUCCUGCGAAGCGCGCGCCUCCAUUCGUAACCACUGAAUGCAAAAGUCAAACGUCUUUUAAGGUCUUUUAUGGCGAAGUUAUGUCAGUUAAGGAAAAUUUUGGUGCUUUACUUUCCAGGCUGCAUCUAUUUUCAUGUUGUCACACUGUUAAUUUAUUUUACAGCUGUUACUGAAGAAUUAGUGUGAAGCCCGCACUUGCAGAGCAUUUCAUUAUAGAAUUUAUUUAAUCCACGGUCUUCUCUGUUGUUGGUUACAAUGGCAUUUUCAUUAAAGAAAAGCCCAAAGUCUCGGGCAGAAUGCCUGUCAUACUUUGAUAACUGCAAUGUAAAUAUCCUGAAAGAUGCAUGUCUCAUCAGCCAAGAAACCAUCAGCACAUCUGAUUUAGAACAAAAACAUCAUGAUCACAAGAUUUUUGACUGUGCGAUUACAUCAACACCUAAUUGUAAGACUGGUGGUGCCAAAACAAAAUCUCUUGGGAGUAUCAAACACAAAGAACUACUACUUCACAAAAAUUUAGAAAAUGCUGACAGCACUAACUUAUCAGUGUCUAAGGUUCUUUUCAUGGUUGACAUGAAAAGGAAGGAAGAUGCUGUGGCAAAAUAUAAAACGGAAUUGUUUGCAAGAGAAGAACAACUACAGAAAGAAAGAGCUGAAUGCCAAGCACAGUUCGAGGCACAAUCGCUAGCUAAAGCCUCAAAACUUAAGGAAGAACAGAUGAAAACUUUAAAGGAAGAAGAAGCUCAUGCUGCAGAGCGAAAACAGAGGCAAGAGUUGCAGCAACAAAGACACGCACAGAGAGUUUCAAUGCGAGAUGAGCAGAUCAAAGCGGCGGAACUGCAAAAAAAGGAGGCUGAGGCAGAAAGAAAGAAAAAAUUGAAUGAAAGAUUAAAAUGUGCAGAGGAACUUCAGCAACAUUUAUGUACUUUCUCUGAAGUUUUCAAUAAAAUUCACCAAGAAUUCAAGGCAUGCCAAGCUUUAGCACCUAUUAUGACAGAGAUCAAGCCCCUAAACUUAAAUAUGCAAUCCUUGAUCCAACGCCUGAAAUCUGAAGAAGUAAAUCAAAAGGAUGUUGAUACAGCAAGGCACAUAUGUUCUAGACUAAAUGUUAUACAUGCAAAUGUUGUGGAAGAAACUGCUAAAAUUAAGAAACAGUCUGAGGAAAAUGAGUCUGUUAAACAGCAGGAAGAAAAUCAACUUCAGACGCAAUCUACUCAGUUGCCUCAAAGAGAAAUAGUCACUUCUGAAGUAAUUGAGGAAAGCAGUCCAGCUACUGGUUUGUUAGAUUGUUCAGAUAGAGAGUCACUCCAAUGGUAUUUAGAGUUAAAAAAAUUUAAGCAAAAUAAUGAGAUGGUUUUUGAACCUUUACUUAAAGAUGAUACAUUGAAAAAGUAUAGAUUUGAUUGUCAGAAAGCUGUGAAUAUACCUGUCAAUGCAAUAUCCCCUGUGAAUGCAUCCCACUUGCGUGAUAAGCUACAAAAAUUAACCCUUCUUCUGUCUGGCCAACCUGUCAGUAUAGCUGAUGGAGUUAGAGUUUCAGCAUCCCAGCACCCAGCUGGAAUUCCAUUUUGUAAAGACUUGCUUGCUAAAAAAUUUGUGAGACAAGGUGCUUCCACUGUAUCUAGCAAGCCUGAGGCAGCAUUCGCUAUUGCUGCUGUCAUGGUGGCUCUUUGGCAAGAGUUUCCUGAUUGGGGUAAACUACUUCUUGCUCAUUUUCAUCUGGAAUGUCCUUACUUAGUUCCCGUCUUUUGGCCCCAACUGGAAGGACAAACCAACAAAGACUAUUAUCUAUCUUUAGGUUAUACAUACAAUGAAGAUGGGGAAGUGGAAAAGCAGGAUAAAUUUCUCAAACGCAUGUCAGGAAUCAUGCGACUAUAUGCUGCUUUGCUUAUCACACGACCCCCACGGGAAAGGUUGAGUAGGCCUCACCCCCACGACUUAGGACAGGGCUGGAAAUGGCUUUCAUCACUGUUAAAUCUUGAACCACGUCCAGACAUAUGCGCAUCACUUUUAUAUGAUUUUUUGGAGGUGACUGGUAGUAGCUUGCUGGAGCAGUAUGGACGCCAAUACCGUAAAUUGUUACUAGUCAUCUGCAAAGGAUAUUUUCCUCGUCUUCAAAAGAUUGCUGUUAGUUCCAGUGGACCUGUAGUUAGACUGGAAACAUUUCUCCAAACAAUUUUAAAGCAAGGUAGUAAACCACCUCAGGGUAUGUUGCCCUUAAAUUUCUGGUGAUUUUAUUGACUUUUUAUAAUUGUGUUUUUUUUUUUCCUAUGAACUUGAUUUUAGAUUAAUGUUAAAAUUGUUUACUAUGCCUUUUUUUUUUUUUGUAAAUGUGCUAAAUAUUUUUGUACUUUUUAAAUCAUGUACGUAUGGAAAGGAUUGUUAUGACUUAAAUGUAUCCGACAUACUCAAUGAACUAACUUUGAAGAUAAUAUUAUUUAUUAUGUACAGAAUUUGCACUCAUGUCAGAAGUGACAUGCUUGCUUAUUGCAUCAAUCAACUAAUAAACCAAUCACCCUCUAAGUGGCAA